AUGAAAGCCGUACGAAGGGUGAAAGCACGGAGGGUUCCGUGUCCCUUGUGCACCAAGUCAUUCACCCGUACAGAGCACCUACAAAGACAUCUUGGAUCUCAUGGCGUAGGGAAAGCAGUAGUAUGUCCCGAGUGUGGAAAGGAGUUUAUGCGGAAGGAUGUGAUGAAACGCCACCUUGCCAAAUGCCAACUCAAAUCCCGGACCAUCCCCACUCCAGACCAGGGUACACUGAAUGAAAUCAAUAAUCUGCCGACCAAGAAAUACAGCCUAAGGUCCGGUGGGAGCCACCCACAAUCGAUUGAACAAAGGGAUGAUAUUCAAGAAACGGAAACCAAUGGACAUUGCAUCCUGCCGGACAGUUCCCUGGCUGAGCUCCGGUGGAGUAAUAGACAGUUUGAAGACAUACAGUUGCUCCUGGACCCCAUUCUGUUUGACAGAGUCGAGCACAACCACUCCCUACAAUUGCCAUCGGCUGUUGGUGUUCCAUGCAUUGACAUUGAUCCGGCUGAUACAUUCAGUUUCCUCGCCCGCAUCUCCAGCAAGGAGAGUGCUUCGCUCCAGGCCCGUUAUGACUGUAGUGCAAUACUUAAGAGAGGGUUGGAAGGGCCGGAAGUGACCGAUGAUACUAUCGCGAGGCAAGGACCCUGGUACCACACCUGGACAUCUUCUACGCAGGCAUCACCGUCUUCAGGACCCGCAUACCAAAUCAUACAUCAAAUCAGAAACCUUUCGCAACAUUCAAGAAUUAUGCAUACAUGGUCGCCACAGGUCGAGAAGGACUGCAUUCGUUUCUUCAGUCCUAAUAAUGUUGAGAGGUUUAUCAGGAUUUACUGGACAGCAUGGCAUCCUCAUUAUCCAGUGAUUCAUAAGCCAACGUUUUCUAUCGCAAGUGCUCCAGCGCACCUCACAGCAGCCAUGGCAGUCAUGGGAGCAUGUUUCUCACAAAGUCCAAAUGAUAACCACAAUGUAAAGCUAUGGCUGAAUAGUGUGGAAGAGAUGGUAUUUAGCAACAAAUAUUUUGGGGAUCUUAUGCUGCAGGACCCGGCUACCAUUAACAUACGGGACAUCGUACAGCUCCUGCAAGCAGCAUACUGCGUCUGUACUUUUCAAAUCAGCGAAGGAAGUCAUAUUAGCCGACGAAGGAUUCGUCGUCAGCGUUUUAGUAUGCUUGUUUCAUUGGCAAGAGACUUAAACUUGUUCAGCAUCAAACACAACGAUCUGGACUCGGUACGCGGAGGCGAUUUCUGUUGGGACACCUUUAUUGCGACUGAGGAAUGUAUUCGGACUAUGCUUUUCAUAUAUAUCCAUGACACCGGAUUUGCGAUCUUCAGCAACUACCCUCCCCGCACGAGGAUCCAAGAAAUGUCAUUGGGAAUGGCGUGUCCAGAGGCUUGUUUUCAAGCACAGUCUGCAGCAGAGUGCCUCACUGCGAUUAGAAGGUGGACAGCACAUCCUCUAUGGGGGUGCAGAAGGACGCUGCGUGAGAUUGUGCAGAUCAUGUUCUGUGAAGAUGUUAAUGUCGAUAUACGAGCCUACCUCUCCCACUUGGGAAUACUGAACCUUUGGAUUCCACCACUGACUGUUAUAUGUGCAGCACUCUGUGCCGAGGCCUUCCAGAUUAAUUCUCUUAUCAGUGUUGACACCCAACUCCAGCCUAUGCGCACAGCGCUCCACAACUGGAAGUUAGCUUGGAAUCAGCGCUUCGCUAUACAGGAUAGUUUUGGCCUACCAAAGGAGGAGGACAAUAUUUUUGUGGAUAUUGACGAUUAUUGGCGACAGUUGGGGUUUUUUCAGAACGCGUCAGAAUAUUGGUUAUUGCUAAAUAUCCUCAUUCGACGAAUUGACGAACGGCAGCGGAAUCAGCAUAAUCCGUCGGUUCAAUCUGAUGUUGAACUCACCAGCUCGGUCAUUGACAGGCCAUAUACGCCUUCAAGAUGUGAUUCACCCACAAUGACAGAUCUGAAAAACCUCAUAUCGGAACAUCAUCGUCAAUUCAAGCCGUAUGCAUGA